UCGCAGAAACGCUCCCACCAGGAAGUGGAGUGAGACUCAGGUGGUGGCUGAAGUUGUGUGGAGCUUGUGCGAUAUGAUAAGUGAAGGCAGCAAUAAUAACCCUAUAUUAGCGGAUUCUUUCAGUGAUAUGCAUGAGCGGAAAUGGCGCAGCUGCGAAUGAGAAGUGCGCAGGGUUCAAACUCUGCAGAGAUAGAGAAGAAGAUAAAAAGGGGAAAUGCACUGCGUCAGUCGUCUGCAUGGAGAGGAUUCAGAGGGUCUGUGGCCUUGCUGAUGGUGGCUCUGUCGGUCUUUGGGGCGGCUGUGUGGCUGUACAUCAUGUCUUUGGACAGUGAGAUAACAGAAACCCUGGCCAGUCAGAGAGAGCUGGUCACUCCUAAACCCAGAGUCUUCCUGGUUCAGUGCUCCGAAGACUACGAAAACUAUAAACGUUAUCCAGGAUGCACUCCUCAGAAGUGUGGCCGUGCAGUCACCGAUAACGUCGUGACGAGGGAGGAAGCGCGGGUCCUCCAGAGGCUGGCUGAGAGAGGGCUGGCGCUGGCCGGAUCAGAGGGAGGGGCUUCCAUACUCGACCUGCAUUCUGGAGCGUUAUCGAUGGGAAAACAGUUUGUGAACAUCUACAGGUAUUUUGGGGACCAGCUCAGUGAUGUUUUCACCCAAGAGGAUUUCCAGCUGUACAGAGAAGUACGCGGGCGAAUACAGGCGGUUAUUGCUGAGACGUUUGGUUUGGACCCGACUUUGAUGUACCUGACCAAGCCAACCUUCUUCUCCAGAAUCAACAGCACAACAGCCAAAACCCAACAUGACGAGUACUGGCAUCCCCACAUAGAUAAGGUGACUUACGGCUCGUUUGACUACACCUCACUCCUCUAUUUGUCCGACUACGGCUCUGACUUCACUGGAGGAAGGUUUGUCUUCAUGGACCAAAAUGGCAACCGCACAGUGGAACCACGAGCAGGUCGAGUCUCGUUCUUCUCUUCUGGGUCGGAGAAUAUCCACCGUGUGGAAAAGGUGACGUGGGGCACACGCUAUGCCAUCACCGUGUCCUUCACCUGCGAUCCAGCUCACGCCAUCGCUGACCCGACUCUGCCCUGAGGCACCCAGGGGUGAAGAGGAUGCUUGUGGCCUCAGAUGAGCCCUGCAGCAAAGAUGGGGAGAGGAGGAAACAGGGUUUUAUAUGCAGGUUUUACUUGUGAAAUUGUUUGACUGCAGCUGAAUGGUUAAUAUCUGUGGGGGUUUUUUAGUUAACGUAAUUUUCUACAGCAGCUUUUUCUUCCUGCACAUUCUUGCUAGGCAUGUCUGGGUUUCACUGCCCAUUUCCACAACUCUCCUGAUCUGUUUGGAGGUGGCUGGAGUAGGAAUUGUGUCUCAGCUGAGUAUCAAAGCAGCUGAAAUGGGAUUAUAUGCUUUCUGUGUAUCUCCCUAUAAGAACAGAGGGAAAACUGAGGAAUCAAUGGCUGUGACUCAGUUCUCAGGUUUGCUGAUCCAUGACCCAGGAGGUGUUUUCUUCUAAGAAGAACCCUCUUCUUGCCUCAUUUUCAUUCCUCUUUCUAGCUUCAGUAAUGGUAAUGGUUUGAAAUAAAAAACUCACUAAACAUAGGCCUUGUUUUUCACUUCUUUUCUGGCUCUCUCAGAGUUUUUAGGUUUCUUGUGUAAUUCUGAAUAAACAGAGCACUUCA